GUACUACUACUAGUACUACUAGUCGUCACUUUGCGCCGCUUGAACGACGGCAUCGGGUGCGCAUGAAACGGCUUCGCGAGCUCAAUCCCGUCCAGAUCGUCCACUACGUACGGCGUGCGGGUGCGGGUGGUGGUGACUAGAUGGGGCGACUGGGGUCUUGUGGGCGGCCGGUGCUGCGUGGUGUUUUGGUUCUCUUUGUCGUGAUGACCCCGCAGCACCAGCAUCGCAGGAUCGACGUACCCGCCGCCAUAUGCCGACGAAGAAGCAGGGGUCGGAUGCAUCUUGGCGCGGUGGGCUGUGACGAGGUACGGAGAGUGCGGCGAUGUGGUCGUGGCCACGUACACUUGGGGCGCAUGAUCCCGUCGCAUGAGGUCUGCAGCAUGAUACACAUGCCCAAAGUCGCGGGACGGGGGCGCGUCGGAGGUCGGCUUGAGCUUGGCGCGGUGGGCGGUCAAGAGGAACGGCGAGUGCGGCGACGUGGGUCGGCGGACGGUAGAUCGGAGGGUAGUGGAGGUCUGUUGGUGCGCCCGGGACACCAAGUCUGGCAGGAGGACGCGGCUCGUAGGACUGUCGCCAUGAUGGCGGUCUUGAGUACUAGGACGUCCGUGGUCUGCGCACCGGAAGUGCCGCUUGGAAGACUGGAGGUCCGGGGACGUGGGGUGCGUCAGCUGAGGCAGCUUCUUCGCGCUCGAUGGAAGGAGCAGGUGGUACCCUUGAGUGCAGUCCUGGUCGAGGGUGGCGUUCGUACACUUGACGGGCGUCGCGGUGAUGUCGGGGGUCUUGUUGGCUGAAGGAUUGUCCAUGGUGGGGUGGCCUUCGUGUGACGACUUGAGUGGGGAGGUUUCCUCGCCUUGAACGGGUUCGUAUGCAGCGGCUUCAGAGGUCGUCUCGACCACAGUGGUGCACGCUUGGACUUGAAUCAACCCCUCGCUCGUAAUGAGCGCUGGCACUGCAACAACCUCGUGGAAAGGUGCAGGGUGGGCUUCCAGUGCCUCCAUGGCUCCUUCUUCUUGAUCGUCGAGAAGCGAGGGAUGCACGUCGUCACUGCUGGAGUGUUCGCUUUCUUCUGCAAUCGCACGCAUUGGUGAUGAUCCUUCUUCGCUACACAGCAAGGACGGACCGUCAUCGUGGACGGGAAUGUCGCAUGCGUUGGCUGGCUCAGACACCUCAGCAUGCUCUGGAGUUUCUUCGCUCGUCGCUUCUUCGACAUCGACGGGAGUCUCCCCCAUGUUUUCUUCGUGGGCUGCAUCGUCAUGAACUGGCUCGUCGUGCACGGUCGCCUCAGCAGGGUUACCCACGCUGUCGCAGGCGUUGAUGGUCGGCUCAGGCACCUCAGCAUGCCCAGGCUUAUCUUCGCUCAUCUCUUCUUCCAUCUCACGUGCAAGAACAUCCACCACCGCUUCUUCAAGGACUGCCGCCACCGUCGCCUCAGGUUGGUUUUCCAUCGUUGAACCGUGCGAU